CUGCAGCAGAGAGUAAAAGAAAACAAGAUCAACGACUCCACAGUUUUGAACUAUUUAAAGACGAAGUUCAAUGAACAACUGCUGGAGUUCGUUGACAUGCAAUUGAAGAACUGUGGACGCUCGAAACACGGUCGACGUUACACACCCAAGCAGAAAAGUCUGUGCUUAGCGAUGUAUAAGCAGGGGCCAAAAGCAUAUCGCUUCAAUGAAAAAUGGUCCUGUCUGCCGACCAGACGAACAUUGGGCCGCUACAGCGCACAAUUGAUUUUCAAAUCCGGAGUCGACGAGAAAAUUCUUGCUGCAGUGAAAAACAUCGUCACAAACUGGCCUGCAAGCGACAAGUACUGCACAUUCGGUUGGGACGAAGUGUCUCUGAACGAACACUUAGAUUACUGUCAGUCGAUGGACAAAAUCGAGGGUUUCGUAGAAAUGUGCAAGCCAAAAGUGCCCAUUUUUGCGACACAUGCAUUGACCUUUAUGGUGCGUGGAAUUGCGGUACCCUACAAACAGUCCGUCGGAUACUUUUAUACGAAUGGUGUGAAGUCCUUUGAAUUGGUCGAAUUGGUUAAGUUAAUGAUAGAACGAGUAUCCACAACAGGACUGAAGCCGAUUCUCUCUGUGUGUGACACAUGCAAUGUAAACGCGAACACAGUGAAUGAAUUGGUUUAUCCUCGUGCGAACCAAACGCAACAAACUGGCCAAUUACUGCAGUACAAAGUAAACGGACAUAGGAUAAUACACACAUACGAUCCAUCACACCUCAUAAAGGUGAUUCGAAAUAAUUUCGAAGUGAAAAAUGUCGCACAUUUUAUUUCUGAACGAUGGCAACCUGGCUGCGCAGAUUAUGCUGGUUCAAUUCAAAUCGCGGCGUGGGAUGAUAUAAACCAAUUGUACCGUAUGGAUAUACGUGCUGUACGGAGCGUGUUACCUAAGCUAACAGAUGAACACUUGAAGCCCAACAAAUUGAAAAUGAAGGUGUCUGUUGCGACUCAAGUGUUCAGCAACACGUGCGGAACCGUGAUGCUAGAAUGUGUGGAUAAUGGAAAGGUGCCGGAAGAUUUCGCCACUACUGCACGUUUCAUUUUGUUCGUGAAUGACUUAUUUGACAGCAUUAAUGGUUGUGAUAAGUACCCUGUUGAUUCCCUCAAGAGUGCCGUAACGCCAAUGUCGAUACACUCAGAGUUCUGGGAAUAUGCGCUGGUCAUGCUGGAGAAUAUGUUUUUUGUCGACAAAGGCACCGGCGAAAGGAACAAUCGUUCUUCCGUACUGAAGAAGUUCGAGUCUACUAUUAGAGGCUAUCAGGACGUCGCGAGGACAUGUUUUCAGGCUGGCAUUCCGAAACUCGAAAUAAGGUAUCACGUCAACUUAAUUAAACGAAUUGAUAUGCUCUGAUAUUUGCUUGAGCCUCGGCUUGAGCAACAAGUUGAUUCACUCCGAAAAAAAAAACAGAAAUGUGAAAGACUAACACAAUCGACAUUGUGAAUAUCAUUGACUUGUUGGUGGCAUCUACAGUUGAUCAAUUUUCCUGAAAACAUGUUCUUUCCUACGUUUUUAGAAAUACGACUCAAGACGGACUCGAAAACUUCUUUGGUUGUGUUAAGUCCUGCAACUCAAGUAAUAAAACGACGGCGAACCAGUACCGCACUGGCUAUACAACGAUGAUAAUCAACAAUAUAACAGGAACUAACUCACUGAAAACAAAUUGUCAGCCCGACGAUUCCACAGCAAUUCUAACAAAUAUUCACGAAUUUAUUUCUGUGUGCCGGGAACAGCCAAGCGAUGCCAUUUACUUGUCGUACCCCGAGCCUGUGCUAUCAGGCUGUCAUGACUCGAUGGCAUCAACAUAUGAUGUUGAUGUUGAUGUUGAUG